AUGCUUGAAUUAUCAUGUGAAACACAAGAUGAAGUUGAUAGUUGGAAAGCAUCGUUUCUUCGUACUGGUGUUUAUCCUGAGAGAGAAACACAUCCAGAAGAUACAAUGACAGCUGAUAUUGGUACAGUGGAUCCUCAACUUGAACGACAAGUAGAAACAAUUAAUAAUCUUGUUGUAUCCUAUAUGCAAAUAGUUACAAAAUCAACACGAGAUAUUAUACCAAAAAUGAUCAUGCAUUUGAUUGUAAACAAUGGUAUUCUUAUGGAAGAGUCUGCUGAUGAAUCAAUGAAACGAGAAGAAAAAUUAAAACAUUAUGAUGCAAUCAAACAAGCAUUAGACAUUAUUGGCGAUAUAAGUACAAGAACAAUUGCACUACCAGAUGCCCAAUUAUAUGAUCAAAAAUUUUAUGAAUCAAAACCGGCGGCAGCGCCAAUGCAAAAUAAUUCUGGUGGUUAUCCCAAUCAUACACCGAACAACUUGCAACAACCAUCUUAUCCUAAUCGACCACCAAGUCCAAAUCCUCAACGAAAAACACAAGCACCACCUAAUCCAAUAAAUCCAAUGACUGCUCGAGAACCCCCACCACCACCGUUACGUCCAACCCCCGUAGCUAAUUCAAAUACUGUAUUACCGCCGCCUCUAUUACCACAGCGUGCACAACCAAACAAUUUUUUUGGACUCGAUCCUUUUGUUAAUACUACUACUACUACUACUGCACCCCUUCCUACUUCGAAUGGUGCUUAUGCACCGUCUUUACCAUCACCAGUAUUAAAUGCACAAGGCAGAGCGAGUCCUCAACCUGGUGGACUUCCCCCACCAUUGUCGCCAAUGCCUACACGUUUUAAACGUCAUCGUAUUAAAGAACAAGGAAAUGAUAGUAAUAACAAUCAGAGUGAACCAUGUGUGAUAUUAGCCUUUACAUUACCUCGUGAAUAUAUUCCACUUCGCGAUUUGACACAUGGUACAUUCUUUCAUGGCGGAAUCGAUACACCAUCAAUGAAUGCCAAUGAUCCACUUUUAAAACAACAAGUACAUAUAACAAAAUAUCUUUCAUUACAGUCAAAAACAAUUACAAAACAAUAUAUAUCAUAUUUAUAUGAUCGUCUUAUUUUAACAAGUCAAUUAUCGCACAUUAAUGUUCGAAAAGUUUUAUAUUGGUAUCUUGCUGAUGGUUGUUUAUAUUCGAUAACCGGCUGUUUAAAAGGAUCAUUAAGAAAUGCCAUUGAAACAUCAUCUUUCUCUCUACAUCGUAUAUAUCAUAUUUCAUCACAAAUCAUUAGUGGUACAAUAUAUUUACAAGAACAUGGUUUAUGUCCGCUAACGCCAUGGUACACAACAAAUAUUGAAUUGACAAAAGAAGAUCAUGUACGAUUAUGUUCACCAACAAUUUCCACAACCAAAUUUAAUGGCGCGAGUUUACAAUAUCAUCAUCUAUGGAGACAUGCUCCAGAAAACUUGAUCCAGAUGAUAUUAGAACAGAGUUAUCAAACAUGUCGUUUAAAUGAUCAGUUGUAUUAUUCAAAAUGUGAUGUUUGGUCUAUAGCGUGUAUUAUUGUUGAAAUGUUGAUGCAUAAUGGAAGUGUAUUAUUUCAACCAGCAAAUGAUGAUGUUUGUCAGCAAUUAUUCUGUAUUGUACAAUACGUUGGCGGUUUAACAUUACCUAUUUUCGAAUUCUUUCCGUAUCACAUAAAACAAGCAUUUAGUAACAUUGAUUUUGAUAGUAAUCAACUACGUUUAGGUUAUAUGUUAACAAGUAUACUUUCACAAUUGUCACCUAUUCAGUGUGUAUCUGAACAAUCCUCAUCUUAUACUAGAGAAAAUCUAUAUGAUUUACUAGAAAAGAUGUUUCAAUUUUUACCUGAUAAACGUAUAUCAUUAACUAAUAUAUUACAACAUCCAUUUUAUUCAUCAUUGCCAAAAACGAUGACAAAAACAGUGAAUACUAAAUAUAUAUGGAAAUCUCAACAGCAACAGCAGUCAAUUCGAACAAUUGAUGAUCUCAUACGUUUAUGUAUCAGUCUAGAAUUACAACGGCCACGUUGGGUAUUAACUUUAAAAGAAAAAUGUUUAUUUCGUAUAUUAAUCAAUCUGCCGAAUUUUAAUCAAUUCAAUGAAAAUUAUUCCUAUUCUCAACCACAAUUUUAUCUAAGUGAAUCAUUAUAUUGUGAUUUAAAAAAAUUGGUUCGCUUUUUAACUGGACAUUUACAUACUUGA